AUGUGGCCUUCAUGUUGGCCUGUUCGCGUGCAGUCGGCUCUACUUUGGCCCAAGAGUCCCAGAGCCCAGCGCCAGCCCCUGCAACACCCCGUCAGCGACCACGGUCUUUUCAAGGCUGGACACAACUUCCUCGUCCUUGACAUCAAAGACCGCCAUGUUCGCAUUGCACUUGUAGGUGUAGGUCAAGGGGGAGCAGAAAGAGGCCGAAUGCUCAGUUUGGCUGCUCUCGGGAUCCCGGUUGUGUUGAAGCAUGUGAGCGCCACCUUCCACCCAGGGCGCCUUGCAGCGUUGAUGGGCCCCAGCGGUGCAGGAAAGACCACGCUGUUGGACAUCUUGGCCGGGCGGAAGGGCCGAGCUGGUGAGAUCCAGGGUGAGGUCUUGUAUGCAGGCGAGGCGGUCCCCAAGAGGAAUCUGAAGCGCUUCUGUGGCUACAUGGAGCAGGCGAACGUGUUGCUCCCAGAGUUCACGGUCGAGCAGAUGCUGCUGUACACCACGGAGCUGAAGCUCUCGUCCUCUGUGAGCUACCAGGACAAACGAAAGCGCGUGGACAAGCUGAUUGACAAGCUGCAGCUCGAGUCCUGCCGGAAGACCAAGAUUGGUAGCACUCUACACCGUGGUAUUUCUGGUGGCCAGGCCAGGAGGGUGAGUGUGGGCUUGGCCCUGAUUUCCCAUCCGGCUCUGCUGCUGCUCGACGAGCCCACGAGUGGCUUGGACUCGAAGAUGGCGGCGGAGCUCUGUGCCGUGCUGAAAGGGCUAGCCAGCGAUGGCUUCACAUUGAUCGCCACGGUGCACUCGCCGUCUGCACCUGCCUUCGCCUGCUUCGACGAUCUGCUGCUCCUGUCCAAUGGUGGCGAGGCCUAUGCUGGCGAGGUGCAGCAUGUCCAGCGCCACUUUGAGGGCAUGGGCUUCGUGAUGCCACGCCACUCCUUUGGCUUUUCCCUUCCCGACUGGCUUCUCGAUGUGCUGAGCAAAGAGGAGGACGUCUGCGAGCUCUGGCACAAGGUAGAUCGCAAAAAGUUUCAGCAUCAAG